UUGAAAUCCAGUGAAAUUAUGAGUAGCCCACCCCUUCACCUAACAGCCCACCUCCCUCCUUCCUCCCUCUCAUCUCCUCUCUAUUGACUGGCUCUCGUGCAUCAUAGUGGAGACCCCGUUGAGAGGAUCUUUUCUCUCUAUAAAGAGAAGAUGCAGCUCAGGCGCCUUUGAGAUGAUCGCGAGGACUUACUGUGCGCGCCUCUCUGCCUCUAACUUCAGACACUCUUGCUUCGACACCUUGUUAUCUGGACUGCUAGCACACUAAAAUCACAAGCAAAGUGGACUCUGGGGCGUUUGAAUGACGCUGGAUUUCACAGUUUACUCUGCCAAAAGGUCUGAUUCACCAAAGAAGCCAAUGUGAGCAUAUUUCUCUCCUCCUGAGCUCUACUUUCCACUCAGUGCGUCGUCGCUGUUCGGCGCAGUUUGUGUUGCAGGUGCGUGAAGAGGGAGCGCGAGGACAGAUGGCUGCGCUGGCGAUUCAAAGGACUGACAACUUUUUGCACACCUUUUUACAGGACAGGACGCCCAGCUCUUCCCCAGAGGGAGCACCCAACGCCCUCUCCUUCCUGGCCACCACCUGUAGCCAGGCCUGGCAAGUUGGAGGCCCCAUGGGCUCAGAAGGCUCCCAGUUCCCGUAUGAGGGCACCGUCAGCUCCACGUCAGGAAUGUUCCAGCUGUGGAGCAACGACAUAACACCCAACACGGCCCUUAGUACCCACCAGAUGACCUUCACUGUGCCCAAGGUGCAGUUCCCCGGACACAUGCAGCCCAGCCUGAGUCACCACCACCAUCAUCAUCACCCCCAUCACCACCACCACCACGAGCUGCCUCUCACCCCUCCGGCUGAGCCUCCUUCUUCGUACUCCUUCGAACUCUCACCCGUCAAAGUUUUGUCCUCCCAGUCGCAGGCAAACAGUGCAUAUUAUCCUCAGCACAACAGUGUGGGACAAAACUUCCCAAGCUUCCUCCAGAACUCCUCCACCAGGCAUCAUCUGUCUGGAGGCCAUGUAGAGGAACCACAGCAGUGGUGGAGCCUCCCCCAAACCAACGCCACCCCUUCCAACCACCCUUUUUCCUUAGGUAGGCAGCUGGUUUUGGGGCACCAACCUCAAAUAGCUGCUCUUCUCCAGGGCACCUCCAAGGGCCUGCUGAGCUCCACACGCCGCUGCCGCCGCUGCAAGUGCCCCAACUGCCAGGCCAAUGGCGGGGGGUUAGAGUUUGGAAAGAAGAGACUGCACAUCUGUCACAUCCCAGAGUGUGGCAAAGUGUACAAGAAGACUUCUCACCUGAAGGCGCAUCUGCGGUGGCACGCCGGGGAGAGGCCCUUCAUCUGUAAUUGGCUCUUCUGUGGUAAGAGCUUCACCCGCUCAGACGAGCUGCAGCGGCACCUUCGCACGCACACUGGGGAGAAGCGCUUUGGGUGCCAGCAGUGUGGGAAGAGGUUCAUGAGGAGCGACCACCUUUCCAAACACGUCAAGACCCAUCAGAGCAGAAAGAGCCGGUCAGGGCCACCAUCACAGAGCACGGACCCUCUGCUUGCAAAUAUCAAGAGAGAGUAAAGGGUCUGUGGUCCUUCGUUCAUAAAAUAUAAUCAUCAAUGAACAGACUUUGUGACUCACACUUCAUGCCAUAGGUUUGCACUAGAGGGUAAGCAUCAAGCUCCCUGAAAAUGUUCUGUUUCAAAGUUCUACUUCUGACUUUCAGUAGAAGCAUAAAAAGAUAUUUAGAGACAAUUUUUAAUUAAAGUUAUUGUGUGCCGUUUAAGGUGAGGCACCUUUAUAGAAAACUUGAAGAUUUUUCAGUGAUAUUGUGAGUUUACUGACUUCAGUGUACUUUUCAACAUGCUACACAAACAGGUUCCACUUAAUCCAAACUGAUUUACUACACAAUGAAGAUUUGCCUUCAUUUCAAAUGAAAGGAAAUUAAAACACUUUUAGGGCUCAUUCUGUAAAUAAUGUAUCGAUGUGUUAAGACUGCAGACAGUAAGCAAAAUGCACAAAGACUCCCUGAUUCUGUUGUUGAUACCGUCAUUAUGUUUUAAAUUAGUGUAAGCCUUACUAAAGCUCAGAGUUACUGCAUAAAAAUGAUCUUUUCUUUAGUAAAAUAAUUAGAUGUGCUCCCAAAACCAAUUUGUCUACUUCAAGGUAGGGACCGUUUUUGAAAUGUAAAUCUUUGAUCUGCAGAUUUAUCUCAUUUUCUCUAAAGCAGUAACAUGAAAUAACAUUCAAGCUCCAGAUUAUCAGACAUUUUAAAUUUUUAACUUCUCUGUAAAUUAUGUAUAAAUCUCAUGAACAGUUUUAUUGGGGUUAUGGCCGCAUGUCAAUUUUAAUAAACAUUGUC